GUCUUCGUCGUCAGCCUCUCAAUCCACAAUGACCUCGCCCACAACCCCAGACAAAGAGAAAAUAUUUCCUGUCACCCCCAGGCAGCCGCGCACCUCACACCACCAGAUCAUCCGUUCUCCUCUCCUUUCGCCGUCAUUAUCCGAGGUCAGACCUUUCGACUGGGAGGCAGCGAAAUCAAAUCGACCGCCGCCAUAUGCAUCACCACUCAAGGCCAAGUCGCGAAGACAGAGCGCGGUCCCGAAUGGUGCCUUGGGUUCACCUACGAAAGGUCCAGGGAAGAGAGUAGUCAGGAAGAAGAGCCUCUAUGAAAAGAUGACGUCCCUACCAUCUCGUGUCUUGUUCGAACUCUCCCUCCUCCCUCAGAGCAUUCCAUGGCCAAACGCCAAAAACUCAGCCCGCAUGAUCGGAGGGUCCCUGCACUUCCUCCACUUCAUUAUCCGCGUCUCCCAAAUCCGCAACGUCCCAGACUCGGACAUCGGUUGGGAAGACAUGUAUCACGAAGACACCGGCUCUUCCUGGUUCGACUGGACCGUCCCAAUGACUCUCCUACUACUAGUUAUCACGAUCCUGAACGCCCUCUCCCUCUUCUACCACACCAAACUCUACCACCUCCACUCCCAAUCCGCACCCGUAAACUCCCCCAACGCCCGCUUCGUAUCCACCCCCGCCCCCAACAGCACCUCUUUCCCCAUGCGUCUCCGCACGCACCUCAUCUCCGCCUUCUUCGCAUUCUGGCGCUUCCUUCUCGGGAUCGACGGGAAAAGGAUGCUUGAAGAUGGGGCAGGAGGAGGUAAGGGGAGGGUACAGGAACUGGAGGUGUGGACGCCGGAGGAGGGCGAGAUGACGUUUUUCUGUGUGUAUUCGCCUUUGCACGCGAUGUUGUGGAUGGUGUGGAACUCGGGGAACUGGAUCUUGGUGUUUUUAUUGAUGGGGGCGUUGACGACGACGAUGAGGUCGUUGACACAGGCGUAUGAGGGCUUGUUGAAGGAUAAAGCGAUCAUCGCUGCUGAGGUUAUGCAUGAGUACGACUCGAAGUUCGUCAACCCACGCGUGAACCCGAUACGGAGCGACGCAUGCGUCCAGACACAUCAGAGCGAGAUGGUCAACCCGUUCGAGGACGACUGAUUGAGUAUCACAGUCGCUGCAUCAUUAACAAUGCGCUGCGUUGUUCGAUGUAUCGUUCGUGCUGUGUCUGACUGUCGGCGUGUAUCCGUCGUGGUCGAACUGCUGCUGCUUCUGUUGUUUUUUCUUUUCUUUUCACCCGAUUUUCUCCGUUUUACUUGAGGAGCCGUUGCCGUCAUCCAGUGAUAUCCACACAUUUCUACUUCCAUAUUUCCAUUCAUCCACUCAUGGACGCAUCCAGGGAUCUUUCUCUCUUCGUAGCACUUCAUUUUACUUCACUUCACGUCACGUCGCAAUCCAUGGCCCCCGCCCCCGGGUCCCUUGCUGUCUCCCGCCAGAGCAUUCACAGUUACAUACAAUGGAAAGUCUGCUGCACUCAUUCGUCUCAAAUUCAAAAAUACAUUUUGUU